AUGUCUGCAUGCGAUGUCUCCAUUGAUGUUGAUAAUUCUUCCUUGGCUGAGCUGGAGCAUGUUCAGAUCAGCUUCAUCCGUCGCUUACUCGGUAUCUCUAAGCAUUCUCCCAUUGCGAUACUUUUUUCUGAGACGGGAAUGUGGCCAGUCAAGUACCGAAGGCUGAUGCUUGCCCUUCGCUACUGGCAGUAUGCCCUCUCUCUGCCCAACGACCAUUUUCUGUCUUACGCGAUCGCUGAUGCUACAACUUUAGCUUUGGAGGCAAAGUCGUCAUGGAUUUCUGAUCUCAUCAAUGCUUUGCUUCUCCUCCUGAACCCUGUACUAGUUGACCCUGCUCAAAACUGGUCACCUGGAGAUAUAGACGGACUUAUUGAGAAAGUGGAGCAAUCCUGUUUGGAUGACAUUGACGCUUUCAUACGUUCCUCCCCCAAAGCAUUCAUGUUGCAUUAUUGUUCUCCUCGUACAAAACUGCCUAAUGACAACCAUAGACAAAGGAAGUCAGAGGUAUUGGCAUUCCAUUCUUACCUUUCUAUACCGCAGUUGAGGUCCUCAGGUGGGCAGAACGUUGGCACCCCCCCAUCCCUCGCUGUGAACAUCUAUGCUGUUAUUGCCACUCUGAAGUCGAAGAUGAAGUGCAUGUGCUGCUGUAUUGCGAUGGAUCUGAUGAUGUGGACAGGUUGCAAUCCCACUUCUUCAUGA